AUGGCUGAUACCGAAAAGGCGCCGCAGCCGCAGCCCCAGCAGCAGCAGCAACCUGAACAACAACCCCAACCUCAACAAGUUAAGCAAAAAAAGCAGGUUAUUGCUGAAAAAGUUUCGGGCACUGUAAAAUGGUUUAACGUCAAGAGUGGAUAUGGCUUCAUCAACAGAAACGACACCAAGGAGGAUGUGUUUGUACACCAGACAGCUAUCGCCCGUAAUAACCCACGUAAGGCUGUGCGCUCGGUCGGCGACGGCGAGGCGGUGGAGUUCGCCGUUGUGGCCGGCGAGAAAGGCUAUGAAGCAGCCGGAGUGACCGGCCCCGGCGGCGAGCCGGUCAAGGGCUCGCCCUACGCUGCCGACAAACGUCGGGGCUUCCCACGCCAGUUCUACAUUCCUCGGCCUGGAGGCGGACGUGGCGGCGAGGGGGCUCCACGAAGAGGUGGCAUGGGACGUCGCGGGCCCCCGCCCACACAGGGGGGCGCGCAAGGAGAUGAGGGCCAAGAAGGUGCUGGAGGCCCACCGCAACGCAGCUACUUCCGCCGUAACUUCCGUGGCGGAAGACGUGGCGGUGGCGGUCCCCGGCCGAUGUACCGUGGCGGGUACAGGUAUGUGCGCCCGCGCAACAACCAGCCGGGUCAGAACCAGAACCAAGGUCCAGUUCAGAACCAGGGACAGGCCCUGAGACAGAAUGGCCAGGAGGGAGAGGCUCAAGCAUCUGCUUCCACGGCACCGGCUCAGCCCAAGGCCAAGCCCAACAACAACAAGCCGACGGGCACCACUAUUGAGACCACCACCAAUGAGAGCCAGGCCUAA